AUGCCGCGCGCUCCCCGCUGCCGAGCCGUGCGCGCUCUGCUGCGCGGGCGCUACCGCGAGGUGCUGCCGCUGGCCCAGUUUGCCCGGCGCCUGGGGACCGAGGGCCGGCGGCUGGUGCGGCGCGGCGACCCCGCGUCCUUCCGCGCGCUGGUAGCCCAGUGCCUGGUGUGCGUGCCCUGGGACGCGCGGCCGCUCCCCGCUGCCUCCUCCUUCCAGCAGGUGUCCUGCCUGAAGGAGCUGGUGGCCAGGGUCGUGCAGGGGCUGUGCGAGCGCGGCUCCAGGAACGUGCUGGCCUUCGGCUUCGCGCUGCUGGACGAGGCCCGCGGCGGGCCGCCCGUGGCCUUCACGACGAGCGUGCGCAGCUACCUGCCUAACACGGUGACCGAGACGCUGCGCGGCAGUGGCGCCUGGGGGCUGCUGCUGCACCGCCUGGGCGACGACGUGCUGGUGCACCUGCUGGCGCGCUGCGCGCUCUACCUGCUGGUGGCCCCCAGCUGCGCCUACCAGGUGUGCGGGCCGCCGCUCUACGACCUCUGCGCGCCCCGGCCCGCCGCGCCCCCGCGAGCCUCCAGCGCCGGGGAGGUGGCAUGGAGGGCCGGCGCAGUGGCAGCCCCGAGCGGGAGGCGGCGUCGGGGCAGCGCGGGCGGGCGGCCUUCGGCCAAGAGACCCAGGCGCGAGCCGGCUGCGGAGCCCGACGAACCGGCGACCCUGGCCCACGCGGACAUGGCGCGGGCACAGAGGGACAGCUAUCCUCAAGCUGUGACCGCCAUCCCCAGAGCCGCCGCGCGCGCCCCCACUUCGGAGGGCGAGCCGUCGGGGACGCGUGGCUCGUUCACGCGGGCGGGCAGCGAGCGCGCCACCGGGCCCUCGUCCACACGGCCGCGGCCGCCUGGGUCCCGGGGCGCGGACGUCGAGACCAAGCGCUUCCUGUACUCGGCCGGGGCCCGGGAGCGGCUGCCGCGCUCCUUCCUGCUCAGCGGCCUGCGGGGGAGCCUGGCGGGGGCCAGCCGGCUCGUGGGUGCCAUCUUCCUGCGCUCGACGCCGCCCGCCCGAGGGGCGCCCUGGGGGUCGCGGCGCCUGCCCCCGCGCUACUGGCGGAUGCGGCCCCUGUUCCGGGAGCUGCUGCAGAACCACGCGCGUUGCCCCUACGGCGCGCUGCUCCGCGCGCACUGCCCGCGCCGGGCCUCCACCACCCCGGCGGGGCUCCCAGGGCGCGCCCAGGCUGGGGGGCUGCAGCCGGGCGGGGCGGCGGUGGCGGCCCCCGAGGAGGACGCCGGCCCGGGGCGUCUGGUGCAGCUGCUCCGCCAGCACAGCAGCCCCUGGCAGGUGUACCUGUUCCUGCGCGCCUGUCUCCAGCGGCUGGUGCCCUCCGGCCUCUGGGGCUCCAGCCACAACCGGCGGCGCUUCCUGAGGAAUGUGAAGAAGUUCCUCUCCCUGGGGAAGCACGCCAGGCUCUCGCUGCAGGAGCUGAUGUGGAAGAUGAAGGUGGAGGACUGCACCUGGCUGCGCCGGAGCCCAGGACAGCGCCCCACCCCGGCCCCCGAGCACCGCCUGCGGGAGGAGAUCCUGGCCAGGUUCCUGCACUGGCUGCUGGACGCCUACGUGGUUGAGCUUCUCAGGUCCUUUUUCUAUGUCACCGAGACCACGUUUCAGAAGAACAGGCUCUUCUUUUACCGGAAGAGCGUCUGGAGCGAGCUGCAGAGCGUCGGCAUCAGGCAGCACCUCAGCAAAGUGCAGCUGCGGGAGCUGUCGCCGGCGGACGUGAGGCGGCGCCAGGAGGGCAGGCUCCCUGUGCUGACGGCAAAGCUCCGCUUCGUCCCCAAACCCAACGGGCUCCGUCCGAUAGCGAACAUGGACUUCAUCCUGGGGGCCAGAACCUUCCGCAGAGAGAAGAAGCCGCCGCACUUCCAUGCGCAGAUCAAGAACCUGUUCAGCGUGCUCAACUACGAGCGGGCGCUGCGGCCCGGCCUGCUGGGGGCCUCUGUGCUGGGCCUCGACGACAUCCACAAAGCCUGGGCAGCCUUCGCACGGCGGGCACGGCACCGGGAGCCCCCAGCCACAUUCUACUUCGUCAAGGUGGACGUGACGGGGGCGUACGACACCAUCCCCCUCAGCAAGCUCGUGGAGGUCGUCGCCAGGGUUGUCAGGCCCCGAGAGAACGUGUACUGCGUGCGGCGCUUUGCCGUGGUGCAGAGGGGGGCCCACGGGGACGUCCGGAGGGCCUUCAGGAGACACGUGUCCACCCUCCAGGACCUGCUGCCGUACAUGAAGCAGUUCGUGGAGCACCUGCAGGAGACCUGCACGCUGCGGGAUGCCAUUGUGGUCGAGCAGAGCUGCUCCUUGAACGAGCCGAGCGGCGGCCUCUUCGACUUCUUCCUGCACCUGGUGUACAACAGCGUCCUGCAGCUCGGCGGCCGGUACUUCGUCCAGGGCCGGGGGAUCCCGCAGGGCUCCAUCCUGUCCACCCUGCUCUGCAGCCUCUGCUACGGCGACAUGGAGAACAAGCUGUUCGCCAGCACCCAGCGCGAUGGGCUGCUCCUGCGUUUGGUGGACGACUUCCUGCUGGUCACGCCUCACCUGACAGAAGCCCAAGCCUUUCUCAGGACCCUGGCGGAAGGCGUCCCCGAGUACGGCUGCAAGAUCAACCUGCAGAAGACGGUGGUGAACUUCCCCGCGGGUGCCGCGGCCCCGGGCGGCUCUGCCUUCCUGCAGCUGCCGGCCCACUGCCUGUUCCCCUGGUGCGGCCUCCUGCUGGACACCAGGACGCUGGAGGUGCUCUGUGACUACGCCAGCUACGCCCGCACGUCCAUCAGAGCGAGUCUCGCCUUCAGCCGCGGCUUCCAGCCUGGGAGGAGCAUGCGGCGCAAGCUCUUGGCCGUCCUGCGGCUCAAGUGUCACGGCCUGUUCCUGGAUUUGCAGGUGAACAGCCUGCAGACGGUUUGCAUAAACAUCUACAAGAUAUUCCUGCUGCAAGCUCACAGGUUCCAUGCGUGUGUGCUCCAGCUCCCGUUUGACCAGCGUGUUGGAAAGAACCCCUCGUUUUUCCUACGAGUCAUCUCCGACACGGCUUCUCGCUGCUACUCCAUCCUGAAGGCCAAGAACGCGGGGACGUCGCUGGGGGCCAAGGGUGCCUCGGGCCCGUUCCCCUCGGAGGCCGCCCACUGGCUCUGCUGUCACGCCUUCCUGCUCAAGCUGGCCCGGCACCGUGCCACCUACAGCCAAGAUGCAGCUGUGUCGGAAGCUCCCAGAGGCCACGAUGGCCCUUCUGGAGGCGGCAUCUGCCCCGUCCCUGAGCAGAGACUUCAGGACGGUCCUGGACUGACGGCCGGGCCUGAUCCGCGGCCGCUGGGACACGCCUGCAGGGACAGGCCUCGGCCUUGGCAACACGGCCCCUGCUCUGGUUUUCCGAACCUUUUGCCCCCAGGCACCCGCUCUGCGCCCAGGACCUCGGGGAGCCCUGGCAGCGUGAGGACAGCGGAUCGGGUCCUGGGAGCCACAGGGCCCUUCGCGGCAGGGGUGUCGAGGUGAGCCUCACGAGCGAGCCAGCUGAGCCGGAAGGUGCAGAAGGAAAUGUAAAAUCCGUUUUUUUUCACUCUUUUAACGUUUCGUGAUGUUUGCUCUAUGGCGUGCACUAGCUGAGUAUCACCACGUAUGAUGAGAAAAAUGCCUGUGCUGGGGUGCGAAGUGGACUAGGUUCUCUGCUGGGCUGGGGGUUUAGCUUCCU